AUGCGCGGUCUGUUGCGCCCGUCCGUCGGGUUCGCCGCACGUGAGAGCGAGGCGCGAUGCACCUCCACGUUCCCUCGCCUCACCAGCGGCGCCCGCCUCCACACGGCGACGCCGUGGCGCCCGGCGACCAGGCCGACGCAGCAGAGGCGCCACGUCGGCGUCAUGGCGGCGUCGAGCGCCCACCCGAACACAGUCACUCCCAAACCCACCGCGGAACACAAGCUGGGGCACGAGCUGCUGCGCGGCAGCCUCGUCGAGUUCUCCACCGCGGAGUCCCUCGCCCGGCGCCCCCCGCCGACCGCCGUGCUCCUCCACGGCAUCCUGGGUUCGCGGAAGAACCUGACCGCGUUCGCCAAGCGCAUCGUGGACCACUACCCGACAUGGCAGGUGCUGCUGGUGGACCUGCGGUGCCACGGCGAGUCCGCGCUGCUGUCGCCGGGCGAGCCGGGCCCGCACUCGGUCCAGUCGUCCGCGCGUGACGUGCUAGACCUGCUACGGAGUCUGAAGAUCUUUCCGACGAUGCUGGUGGGGCACAGCUUCGGGGGGAAGGUCGUGAUGAGCAUGGCCGCGCAGUUCGGGCAGAGGCUGCCGCGCCCGAUCGACGUGUGGGUGCUCGACACGCUCCCCGGCUACGUCGACGUCACAGGUCCCGACCGCAAGGACCACCCGGCCGACCUCAUCGAGGCGCUCAAGGACAUUCCGAUGCCCGUGCGGUCGCGGUCCCGCGUGGUGGACUACGUCAUGCACACCGGGUUCUCUGAGGGCGUCGCCAAGUGGAUGACCACCAACCUGAAGCCCGCGUCGCGCCUGCCCAAGACCCUGGUGUCCAAGGUGCUCGGACGGCCCACCAAGGCCGAGCCGGAGGUGCCGCCGCCGAGCGCGGCGCAGGGCGAGGAGCUCCUGUGGAGCUUCGACCUCGACGGGAUCUCGGAGAUGUACCGGUCGUACGAGGAGGAGGACUUGUGGGACCUGGUCAAGACCCCCCCCCAGGGCCUGAGCCUGCACUUCGUGCGCGCGGAGCGGUCGAGCUGGCGGUGGCGGAAGGACGACCAGGAGGUCAUCGAGCGGCACGGGCACAAGGUGCACCUCCUGCGCGACGCGGGCCACUGGCUGCACACGGACAACCCCGAGGGACUGUUCCAGCUCAUGACUCAGUCGCUCGGCCCGACCGACAACCGGAUCGAGGAGGCCGCGCGGAGCCGGAGCCCGCGAUAG